CAUUCUCAUCAAUCAUCAUCAUCUCAAUCUUUUUUAAUCCUUUCUUUUUUCCUCCUCUUCCUCCUAUUUAUUUAUUUAUUUCUUCAUCACCGCCUUUAAAACAAAAUAAAAUCCAGAAUAAAUAAAUAAGUAAAUUAUAAAUAAAUAAAUUUUAAAGAAAAAAGUGUUAAAAAUGGCGUCGGAAAAAAUGAGUACUAGAACGCCGGGAACGAGGACAAGAGUAGGGAAGUAUGAAUUAGGGAAAACAUUGGGUGAAGGAAAUUUUGCUAAAGUUAAAUUUGCUAAAAAUGUUGAAAAUGGUGAUUUUGUCGCCAUAAAAAUUCUUAAUCGUGAUAAAGUUCUUCAACAUAAGAUGGUUGAACAGAUAAAGAGAGAAAUUGCAACAAUGAAGGAGAUUAAGCAUCCUAAUGUGGUUAAACUCCAUGAGGUCAUGGCAAGCAAAACCAAAAUCUACAUUGUUCUUGAACUAGUUGAUGGAGGCGAGCUCUUUGACAUCAUAGCGAAACAGGGCAGACUUAAGGAAAGUGAAGCCAGGAAGUACUUUCAACAGUUAAUUAAUGCGGUGGAUUACUGCCACAGCAGAGGCGUGUAUCAUAGGGAUCUUAAGCCAGAGAACCUACUUCUCGACUCCAAUGGUGCUCUGAAAGUUGCGGACUUUGGAUUAAGUGCAUUUUCGAAGCAAGUGCGGGAGGAUGGUCUACUUCAUACUGCCUGUGGAACUCCUAAUUACGUUGCUCCUGAGGUGCUCCUUGAUAAUGGUUAUGAUGGUACAUCAGCUGAUAUAUGGUCCUGUGGUGUCAUUCUCUUUGUGCUAAUGGCUGGGUACUUGCCUUUUGAUGAUCCGAACAUCAUAAAUUUGUACAAAAAAAUUCAUAAUGCUAGCUUUGUAAUGCCUUCAUGUUUUUCAUCUGGUGCUAAGAAGUUGAUUAAACGUAUUCUUGAUCCUAAUCCUCUGACGAGGAUCAAAAUUUCGGAAAUUUUGCAAGAUGAAUGGUUCAAAAAGGAGUAUCAUCAACCAAGUUUUGCUGAGGACGAGGAUGUGAAUCUUGAUGAUGUAGAUGCUGCUUUUAACAACUCAGAGAAAAAUCUGGUUACAGAAAGACGGGAAAAGCCAGUAUCUAUGAAUGCUUUUGAGCUGAUUUCUGGGUCACGAGGUUUCAGUCUUGAUAGCCUCUUUCAGAAGGAAGCUGGUAAUGUAAAACGAGAAACACGUUUUACUUCCCAGCGCCCGCCAAAUGAGAUCGUGUCUAAAAUCGAGGAAGCUGCUAAGUCUCUUGAUUUUAACGUUCGAAAGCAAAAUUAUAAGAUGAAGCUACAAGGUCAUACAAGCGGAAGGAAGGGACGGCUUUCUGUUGCUACUGAGGUGUUUGAAGUAGCGCCUUCUUUGCAUGUAGUAGAAUUACGGAAGACCGGAGGUGAUACCUUAGAGUUUCACAAGUUCUUCAAGAACUUCUCAUCGGGUUUAAAAGACGUUGUUUGGAAAAGUGAAACAAUAGAUGAAUGUUCAAGGUAACGGAAGUCUGCCAUCACACAACCAGCUAGUCCGAGUUCGGAGAUUACCGAGCAUUGUUGAUAUCUGCCUUUGUUUUAGGGUAGGGGAGGAGGCGAAUCCACACAUGAUCAAUGGAUGCCUUAUUGUAGAUGUUAGAUGCUAGUGUAAUGUAAGUUGUUCUGGAUUGACUGUUAACCUUCCCCCCCUCCCCCCACCCAAACAAAAGGGGCGCGAAGCGGGGAACCGAUUUUAUUCAAUUGUAUGUAUGAUGUUUGUACUAUGACAUAAUCAUAUAAAACCUUAAAUACAUCUUUUCUUCUUGGCAUUC